AUGAGCUGGUCGGGAGCUGAUGCGCCCAGCUGGAGGCAACCUAGACCGCCACCAUCGACCUCCUUGAACUCCAGACCAGAGCAGACCACCUCAGUGGCUGCUCCUCAAACGAUAAAUGGAGCUAGCGCAUCUCGCAGUAGGCCUUCUGAGUCACAUACUAGCGUGACUGGAGAGGUGCCUCAUGGCAUGCCCGCCUCUCACAGCCCAACGAAGGCGGGCUGGAGGUUCAAAGACAGGGGCGGGCAUAAGGACAGUGACAAUUGGCGGGCACAUCCCUCCCCAUCCCGGCUAGGCUUGGCGUCGGAAUCAGCUAAUUCCUUGGGUGAUUCGGCAGGCGUCGGUGUUGGCUCUCCACCUAAGGCAAGGCAACCACGCCUUGGUCCUCCUGUAGGGUCAGCUGCACCUGCCACACCCCUGAAUCCGCUUUUGAUACGCGGCGAGACCUCCGGACCACAAUCAGGGAGCGCAUCUGAAGCUAGGGUCAGACCUCUUGCCCAUCCUUCUUUGACGCCUCGCUUGGGGGGCGAGAAUUGGGCUCUGACACCUAGCAGCUCUUUGCCGAGCCUGCCAGGCAGUCCGCGAACUCGUAGCUUAGAGAAUAGCGUAGAGUCGCUCAAGGGUCCUGAUAGCACGAGCUCUUCAGUCAAAGGUGGCGAUGGCAGGCCGAACGUCAUGCUGUCCAAUGGACCGACUCCCGACGCGCGCCCUCCUUCGAGAAACUUGGAGGCUGCUCGCGCGCAAUUGCAGCAGCGCACAGAGGCAGCGUCUUCAGCACUGGGUGGAAAAGACCCAAACGCUGUUUCUGCCUUUGGAUACUCCUACUUACCGCGUCAAGGUUCUUCUACGCAGUCACCCAAGGGAUCACUCCUCUCGCUUGCUAACGAAUCUGCAUCCAACUUCUCCUUUGUGCAUCCCUCAAGCUCCGUUGCCCCCUCAGCACAGCUAUCAUUGCUAUCCCCUCGAGCUCCGCAGAUUGCGACUCCACCCCUCGGAGCGGCCCGGCGCGGCUCCACUACUUCCAACAACUCGCCCACCUCGGCUCUGAAUGGAAGACCAAGCCCAAACUCGGUGCUUCAUUCUCGUCAUUCUUCUGGCGCCAUGCCAGAUGGCACGUACUCGCCAGCGGGCACAACGUAUUCCACGUCUUCGCACAGUAACGAUGCUCAGCCCCGACGCUUGUACCGGCCUCCACAUUUGCGCAAUCGCAGCUCGGCUCAUAGUCUUCGUCCGACGGUCGCUCACUAUGACCGCGUCCGCACUCCAAGCCUAAGGGGACAAUCGCGCUCGCCAGAGCCGGGCUUGGCGUCGAGCAGAUCUGGUAGUCGUCCCCCCAGCACCAUACCGCUCAGUCCAAUCAGCAACCUAUCGGAGUCCAUGGGUGGUCUCGACGUUGUCAGUCGUCGUCGGAUGGGCAGCAUAGGCAGCUUCUCUCGACUCACAGGUGCGGACACAAAUAGUGAUCAGAGACCCUCGGAUUCGCUCACCCUAGGAGACAUUCUCGCCACCCGACUGGCCCAGACAGGCUUCGAAGACUCAGAGAUAGCCCCCUCGCAUCCUGCGGAUUUGACCAUUGUCGGUCCCGCUGCACCGAACAGCGAGCAUGAGGACGAGGAAGCCGAUGACGUCAGCUUGAAUGCUGAAGAUAUGAUGGCCAUGAGCGAGCGAAGUAUCACGGACAGAUACUGCUUCUCGCGCGAUCCCAGCUCUUCUCACGCCCUUCCACCGGUCGACAUCUUUGAAAUUGGCGAUCGCUUGGGACCCGGCAUGCUCCAUGACGGUCAGCGCAUUAGGAUAGCAGAAACGAGUGAUGGUUUCCGGGCUCAAUCUCGCGACGUUACGGGAAGCCAGCUCGAGGUUGUACGCAAGCUCGGGGAAGGCUCAUAUGCUACUGUGUACCUCGUGGAGGAGGUUGCUCCGCUUCCUUUACGCGAGGUGGAAAACGAGGACGCUGCUGACUUCAGCAAUGACAAGGAGUAUUCGGGACUUUCGAGAAGCAUUCCCAUCAAAACGAGCGCUCCUGCGCAGCCUCAGGAUCCCGAAGACGACACUUACAGCCGGACGCUGCGUGCCAGCGACCUUGUUGCGGAAGGCAGACUGCGUCCGCGAGAACACGCAGAUCCUCUUGAGCAUCCUGUGCUGGGGCGGCAAUUCGCCCUCAAAUGCCUAUGCAAGCGCGAUCUCAACGAGGAGAGUCUGGAAAUUCAGCGGCUAGAGGCCACAAUUCACCAAUCCAUUCCUCCUCAUCCGCACAUUGUGACUUUGUACCGCACUUACGAGACGGACGACUGGCUGUUUCUCGUCUUGGAAUACUGUCCCGGUCAAGAUCUAUUCUACUGGCUGGAGCAAGCUCACGAUCAGGACACCUACAACCACGAGGGUCCGUCGUCCGAGCGUUCCGCCGACGGAACUUACGACCUGAGAGUCCUUACUGACAGAUUGGGAGAAUCUUCGGAGGAGUCAAGCUUCGGACACCUGGAUGGGACUCCGCCUUCUCCUUCAUUACUAGCAUCGACAGCUGGCCAGCAGCUGUUGUCACGUCGGCGUUUGCGCCUGGUCAGCAGAAUGUUUGGUCAGAUGUGCGAUGCAGUCCAAUUCUGUCAUGACAGAGGCAUCAGCCAUCGCGAUCUCAAGCCAGAAAACUUUAUCGUUGAGGACAGGAGAGAGUCAGCGUCUCAGGAUGAGACUCAGAGCAAAGAUGGGGGCUUUGAUGGGCGGCGAAGCUUGUCCCGCUCACGGAGCACGACGAGUUUGCGCAGCUCCAUAGGUUCGAGAGCCGAUGCCGAUGCACGUAUCAUCGUCAAAUUGACGGACUUUGGCCUAGCUGUUGCGCAGGAGAGAUGCGUCGACUUUGAUUGCGGGAGCAAGCCGUACAUGGCUUACGAAUGUCACAACAACGUCGCCGAUUGGUACGACCCAAUGCAAGCAGACACUUGGUCACUUGGAAUUGUGCUGCUUAAUCUCCUCUUCCAUCGCAGCCCUUUUGGUGAACCGUCUCCGCAGGGUGAUCCUGCCUUUGCCUCCUUCUGUUACGAUCCAGUCGCGUUUCUGACGCAGGCUUUCGAAGGCCUGACUGUUCAGGUCGCGGAGUACGUGUCGGACAACGUGCUUUGCGACGUCACCAAUCCCAAACGAGACGGAUCACCGCGCCGGCGCGUGACGCCCCGAGAGCUUGGCAUAUGGGCACUGAAGCUGCCAGAGAUGCUGUCGGCGGACAAGCGCGAGCAUGGACGUUCACCUGGAGCGCGGACAGAUUUGACCUCCCCUUUGGAACACUCGCGGAGUCCCCUCAAUUCUGGAGCUGCUUCCCUUUUCGGCUCGCCAUGGGCUACCCCAUCUGGAGGCCCUUCGCUUUCGAUUCACGAGAGUCUGGAUGCCAACGGUUAUGGUUUCUAUCCGUCCCUCUUCCCUGAAUAUCCAAGCAACCAAGAUUCGAGCAGCUUUCGCGAUCAACGCCCUCAGUCUGUCCGAACACCAUCUGUGAUAGGGACCCCAGAGUCACUGCCAUCGCCCACUUUCUCGCCGCCAAGACGGACUCUGCGCCUUCCAUCUGUUUCUGAAGGCAGUCCACUUGCACGCGAAGCGGCCAGCGCAGCGGAUGCCGCUCGGCCUAGGUCGCCAGCAGCAAUACCACUGAAAUCUGCAGAGACCGCAAAUUCCGGCCCCCAGAGCCCUACUCAACUCGAGCUGCAGGUCGGGUCGCCCGAGUCGCCCGAAGAUAGCAAGUCUGCGGUCAGCAAAGAAGUUCAGAGUGAUGAGCUUCAUUCAGAGAAGACGGAUGCCGCACAGGCCGCACACGGCGAAGGAGCACAUGACAGUAACGUAGAGUCGUUGAGGCCCGUGACUGCAAGUAAUCCGAAAAGAAGGAAAAGGGGAGCACGCAAGGGCCGCACGGCCGCGAAGUUGGAAAAGCAGCAACAUCUCAAGAGAUCUCAAUCUGCCGAGAAUCUGGCAAGCGGACCCGCGCAAGGCGAGCCACAUCCUCGCGAUGCGCUGCUGGCUGAGCUUGCUGCUGCCUCGCAGACUCUGGCGCGCGAGAUGAGUCGCAACGUCAAAAAAUCACAGACAGAGGACGCAUCUAGUGCUCCACAGCACAUGGGAGCGGGGCGACCCUCAGCUGCUGCUCGCAGCACACUUGCAAGUCGUGCUGCUCAGCAUUUGCCACCGUCCUUGACAGAUUUGGCGGCUCGUCCAAAUCCGCCCAUGUUCUUGGACAAAGUGGUGGACUCACCUGGAUUAGACGCGGCCAGCGUGUACUCGAGCGUGGGCAGUCGCGCCAGCACAGCGUACACCAACUUCAGCUGGAACGAUCGCGCUCGUCCUUUCUCUACGCUGAGCACAAGUACCCGCAUGACUGACCAGUCCGACAGUCCAGCUGAGUCGGAGCGUCAUCUGGCCAAAGACGAUGACUUUGGCAGUGGAGCGCAGUGGGAUUCCGCGGCCGCCCGAAGAGAUCGCAUCAACGCAGAGCGCGGUAGUAAUGUUGCAUCAACAUCGCAGAGAGGCGGUCACGUCCCCUUUGUCGAAGAUGCGAGAAAGUCCGAGCCAUCCUCGUGGCGGGAUCGGAAUCCUUCCACAGCUUCUGUGGACACAACUAGUUCGGCCUCGUCUCUCAUGUCAGACGCUCCAAGCAGCAUCUAUUCCACAACAUCGGCACCUGCGGCGAUUUUGGGAUCUAGACGCUCCACUGGUAGCAAUAGGCCUCCGUCCCGGAGCCUGCUAGGUAUGACUGCCGGCCUUGAUCCCAUCGCAGAGAGGAAGCGCGGCGAGAAGGCGGCAGAAGCCACCGCUGCCCGCUUGCAGCCAGCGAUGGAUGCAUCCUAUCUCCCUGCCAUUUUUGGCGCCAAUCCCAAGGCGGCGAAGCCCAAAGAGAGGCGCAAAGAAAGCGGGAGCAAUGGCCGCCAGCCUUCUUCAAUGACUUCACAGCCAUACAGCUCGCCGUCUAUCGACGACCGCUCCGGAUAUGCCGCAAAUUUUGCACCGAACGUAUCAUCCAGAUUGAGACCAUCGCAGGACAGCUAUACCCGUCCACCGCCUUUACGUCCUGCCCCUGCACCGGUCUCAUCCCACGGCAACGCGAACGGGUCUGAUGUCGACAGGCUGGUCAAUACGAGAGGUGUCUCAUCUGUUGCUUCGACAACCGCAGUGACCCCGAUGACGACAUCAGCCUCAUACUCGACGCCAUCUUUCGACGCAGCGCAAUCUACGCAAUCCCCCCCUCAGAACAUCGUCAAGAGCGGCAUGUCACGAUUCUUUUCGGUGCGGAACCGCAACGGCUGA